AUACCGCCACUCGCUCUAGCAUUAUAUCUGGAUGACGGCAUCAAGAUGCAGGGCCCUUUUGAUAUACGAAGACACGAACGCUGACAGAAGGAAAAUCACAAUAACAAUUUUGCCGGGUCAGUGGUCUUAUAUCGGGGGCGUUCCCGUAGUCAGAUAGAGUGUUUUUGUUUACUUGCUCUUCUACUGCUUCUCCCCCAAUCCCGACCGCGGCAUCGCAUUUUAUACUAAGCUGUUCUUGAUAGAGAGAAAGGGAACGUAAUUAUGUUGUCUGUCCUUCCGUUAUGGACCGCGGCCGGGCUGCUGAUCGCUGGAGGUGAAGCCUUUGAUGGCCCAGGUAUGCCGCUUGUCGCACAGAAACGAAUUUGAACUGCUGCUAAGGACGCGAAGUUGGUCAAGCUCCCGACCCUCGGAUUGACCGGCACAGUCCUUGGGACAGCAGUCCUGACCCCGAGCGGACCAUCCUGUCGUCCACAUCGGCCUCUUGGCAUCGUGGUGUGAAUGUCGCCGCCAGCACCCAUGCGCUGGAGCAGACCGUGUCAACCAGCCCAUCCACAGUGUGGAAGGGUUCCAGCACAAUCCCUGCUCCUUUCUCCGAGACAGUCUCAACCGCUACAGGCACCUGUCCAACUGUCUCUGUCUCCUUUGUGACCAUCAAAGAAACAUUUUCGACGACCUUGUGGAACACUACCACUGCAACGGCUUAUAAGGUCAUAACUUCGACGAAGACUGCCACAUCGCAUGUCCCUACCCCUUCGCCGACGACGGAAACAUCGCAUGUCCCUACCCCUUCGCCGACGACGGAGACAUCUUACGUGCCUACCCCUUCGCCGACGACGGAGACAUCUUACGUGCCUACCCCUUCGCCGACGACGGAGACAUCUUACGUGCCUACCCCUUCGCCGACGACGGAGACGUCUUAUGUGCCUACCCCUUCGCCGACGACGGAGACAUCUUAUGUGCCUACCCCUUCGCCGACGACGGAGACAUCUUACGUGCCUACCCCCUCGCCCACGACUGACACGUCUUACGCGCCAACAACAAUCAUCUCGCCAACGACUGCCAUUUCCAUCGUGCCGACUACCAUCACCAAGGCACCAAACCCAUGCCCAACAACAUGCACCGCGUAAGUCGUCUCAUCUUAAGAAUCCAUGAAAAAAACUGCCAAUUGAAUCAUUAACGCUGCGAAAGCUCUGCCGGCACUGUGAACCUGU